GUCCAUUCCCCCAAGACUGAGAUUGACAUUCACCAUCCCAUAAUGCGGGGCGUCCCCCGUCCGGGGAUGACUCGCAGCUGACGCACUCGACCAACCCGUAUAUAUUCCGCCGUCUCCCCCUCUCGCCCGCAUUCUGCUUUCGCUUUCUCCUCCUCCUCCCAGGAAGCCAAGCCUGGCCAGUGAAUCCACGGCACCACAAUGUUGAUUGGCAACAUCUACGUGAUCGCAGGCGUCGCCGUCGUCGGUGGUGGCCUGUUUGGCUUUGACAUCUCUUCUCUGUCUGCCCAGCUCAACGAGAAUGCCUACAAGUGCUAUUUUAACCAGGGCCCUGAAGGCCCCCCCUUUACCGACAGUGAGAACUGCUCUGGCCCCACGUCUCUCAACCAGGGUGGCAUCACGGCAGCCAUGGCGGCGGGAUCUUGGCUGGGUGCCUUGAUCUCCGGUCCCCUCUCGGAUCGCAUUGGCCGUAAGACGUCGAUCAUGAUCGGCUGUGUGAUUUGGCUGAUCGGAUCCACCAUCGUCUGCGCUUCUCAGAACAUCGGUAUGCUGGUCGUUGGUCGUAUAAUCAACGGUCUCUCUGUGGGUAUCGAAUCUGCCCAGGUCCCUGUCUAUAUCAGUGAGCUGUCGCCGCCCUCGAAGCGUGGUCGGUUCGUCGGUCUGCAGCAGUGGGCGAUCACCUGGGGUAUUCUGAUCAUGUUCUACAUCUCUUAUGGCUGCUCGUACAUUGGAGGACAGAAGUCUACCGACUACAGCACCGCCUCCUGGAGAAUUCCCUGGGGCCUGCAGAUGCUGCCUGCCAUCUUUCUCUUUUGCGGAAUGCUCCUCCUUCCCGAGUCUCCUCGUUGGUUGGCGCGCAAGGAUCGUUGGGAAGACUGCCAUCAUGUCCUGGCGUUGGUCCAUGCGAAGGGUGAUCGCAACCAUCCUUUCGUUGCGCUGGAGAUGCAGGAUAUCCGCGACAUGUGCGAGUUCGAGCGACAGUUCCAGCACAUCACCUACCUGGAUCUGCUGAAACCCAGGAUGAUCAACCGUACUUUGAUUGGACUGUUCAUGCAGAUUUGGUCGCAGCUGACUGGCAUGAACGUGAUGAUGUAUUACAUCACCUACCUCUUCUCCAUGGCUGGAUAUACCGGAAACUCCACCCUCCUCGCAUCCUCCAUUCAGUACAUAAUCAACGUAAUCAUGACCCUUCCGGCUCUGAUUUGGAUGGACCGAUGGGGACGACGCAAACCCCUACUCAUCGGCGCCGCUCUCAUGGCCAUCCUGAUGUACGCCAACGGUGGUAUCAUGGCUGCUCACGGCGUGGUCGUCCCGGGCGGUAUCGAUGGAGUCGCAGCAGAGUCUAUGCGUCUGCACGGCCCCCCCGCAAAGGGAUUAAUCGCAUGCACAUUCUUGUUCGUCGCAUCGUACGCACCCACAUGGGGCCCUGUGAGCUGGACGUAUCCUCCCGAGCUAUUCCCGCUUCGUCUGCGUGGAAAAGGCGUGGCUCUCUCGACCUCCGGAAACUGGGCCUUCAACACGGCGCUGGGGCUGUUCACACCCACGGCAUUCGCCAACAUUCGCUGGAAAACCUACAUCAUGUUCGGCAUCUUCAAUACAGUGAUGUUCCUCCACGUAUUCUUCAUUUUCCCCGAGACAGCCGGAAAGACCCUCGAGGAGACAGAGGCCAUGUUCGAAGACCCCAACGGCUACAAGUACCUCGGCACUCCUGCUUGGAAGACCCACGUGAGGACCCGUCGGGUCGAAGCCAUGGAGCAUGGCAACGUCGACGUGGAAUCGAAGGUCGAGACUGGUCAUGCUGAGACUGCUGGACCUUCUCACAAGGAUGAGACGGUGGUGUAAUCCACCAACUCGAGAGCUCGAUAACUGGGAUAUGGGGUGGAAGUGGGGUCUGUGAUGGAAUACCCUUGAUUAUGGUUUAUGCGGACAUGAGAGAUUGAAGAUUAAUGCGUUGGUUGCGUGGGUUGCGUGAUUGGAGACAGAAGAAGACAAGAACGUUACCUAGUAAGAACUUUGCUUCGGACAAGACACCACCACUUCUUUCGAAUGCGACUGGAGUUUGUCUUAAGUUAGAGCUUAAUUACUCACGUCUUUGCUGAGAUUGUAACUACCUACCGCUUAGGCAGCCAGACCUACUCAGAUUAAUGUGUUUUCUAAA